AUGGCAUCUGAGAACCCCAGUGAGCUGCCCGUCCGGGCUGCGCCGAAAGCAGCUGCCUCCGGCGGUGAUGCUCUCCCUCAAUUCAUCAUCGAGCGCAAUGAAUUCUUCGAGAAAUUGUGGCAGCAGCAUCUUGAGGAGCAGAAGACUAGGGAUCAUGCGGAUAUCAAUGUUACGGUUGACCUGGGUAAUGGAAGCCCAUCCACCGUCAUCGCCAAGUCCUGGGAGACUACUCCGUCCCAAUUUUUGCGUGAUGCGCCCAAGGAAUUCAGUGCCAAUGUUGUGGUAGCAAAGGUUGAUGGUGAACUCUGGGAUCUUAACCGGGCCUUGGAGCGUGACUGCAAGGUUUCAUUCGUGCAAUUCGACAGCCUGGAGGGUAGAGAAGUUUUCUGGCACUCCAGUGCGCACUGUCUGGGUGAGGCUUGCGAGUGCGAAUAUGGCUGUCUACUUUCCCACGGACCACCUACGCCUCAGGGUUUCUUCUACGAUAUGGCCAUGCCUGAAGGACGCGUUGUUAAGGAAACCGAUUGGCCAUCCCUCGACAAAGGCGCUGCGCGCAUCUUCAAAGAGAAACAGAGCUUCGAUCGCCUGGAAGUUACCAAGGAGAACCUCAGGACUAUGUUCUCCUACAGCAAAUACAAGCUCCAUUAUAUCGACAAGCUUGUGACCGGCGAAAAGAGUACCGUCUACCGCUGCGGUACCCUGGUUGAUCUGUGCAGAGGCCCUCACAUCCAGAACACGGGUAAGAUCAAGACUUUCAAGAUCAUGCAGAAUUCCUCCGCAUACUUCCUUGGUGACCAGUCGAACGACUCCCUUCAGCGUAUCCGUGGUGUCGCUUUUCCGGACAAGAAACUGAUGCAGGAACACUUGAAAUUCCUUGAGGAGGCCGAGAAGCGAAACCACUUGAAGAUCGGCAAAGAGCAGGAGCUCUUCUUUUUCGAUGAAGUAUCCCCUGGUUGCCCCUUCCUUCUUCCUAAAGGAACCACAAUUUUCAAUGCUCUCCAGAAGCUUCUGCGCACCGAGUACCGCAAGCGUGGCUACCAGGAAGUGCAGACCCCUAACAUGUAUGAUGUGGGAAUUUGGAAGACCUCUGGCCACUGGGCCCACUACAAAGAUGACAUGUUCAAGCUGGAUAUCGAGAAGAGAGAAUGGGCUCUCAAGCCCAUGAACUGCCCCGGCCACUUUGUGCUCUUCGGUCAUCGGGAGAGAAGCUACAGAGAGCUUCCCCUGAGAAUUGCUGAUUUUGGUGUCUUGCAUCGAAAUGAAGCGUCCGGGGCCUUGAGCGGCCUGACUCGUGUUCGUAAAUUCCAGCAAGAUGACACCCACAUCUUCUGUACACAAGAUCAGAUCACGUCUGAGAUCGAGGGAUUAUUCGACUUUUUGAAGUCGAUAUACGGUCUCUUCGGCUUCACUUUCAAGUUGAAGCUUUCUACCCGUCCUGAGAAGUAUCUGGGAGAACUCUCCACCUGGGACUACGCCGAAUCGCAACUGAAGGCGGCUAUGACCAAAUUCAAGGGCGACGACUGGACGAUCGACGAGGGUGACGGUGCCUUCUACGGGCCCAAGAUCGACAUCACCAUCGCCGAUGCACUUAAGAGAGAGUUCCAAUGUGCUACUAUUCAGCUGGAUUACCAGGCCCCCAUCAACUUCAAGCUCGAGUACAUGACCAAUGAGAAGGGCCAGGCUGUUCUGGAAGAGAGCAAGAAAGAAGGCAAAUCGGAUGAGGUUGGUCCUGGCCGUGCCCGUCCUGUUGUCAUUCACCGUGCCAUCAUCGGCAGCUUCGAACGCUUUUUGGGUAUCUUGAUUGAGCAUUUCGGCGGUAAAUGGCCUUUCUGGAUCAGCCCUCGCCAGAUCCUGAUUGUCCCCGUCAUGCCUUCCGCGAAUGACUAUGUGGAGGAGCUGCAGCAGAUCUUGCGUGGCGACAAGCUCAAUGUCGAUAUCGACGUGAGCGGUAACACCCUGCAAAAGAAGAUUCGUACGGGUCAGCUUGCCCAGUAUAACUUCAUCUUUGUCGUUGGUGCUCAAGAAAAGGAGGCCCGCACCGUCAACAUCCGUAACCGCGAUGACCCUGCUACCCAAAAUAAGGGAGUCAUGGUUCCUCUGGAGGAGGCGCGUGUCAAACUCAGGGCUCUGAGAAAGGAGCGCAGGCUUGUCAACGCUCUCUAG